GCCAGACACCGACACCGAACAGCCAGUAAGUGCGAGGAACAAGGUCAUUGUCGCCUCGGCGUAGAUGACCGGAUCUUAGCAUUUGGCGAGGUGGACGGAGUUCUAGCACAUACAGUCACGAUGAAGGUCCUCGCAGCUCUCCUGGCUCUGGCGGGCGUCGCCGCCGCCAACUCCGCCUUCCGCUUCUCCGACGGCUACCUCGACGUCCUCGGCGCAGAGCCCGUUCAGGCCUUCGACUGUGCCGGUCGAAGCUACGGCUAUUACGCCGACGUCAGCAGCGACUGCCGCGUGUUCCACAUCUGCCUGCCCAUCGUCGACGAGUUCGGCGACGUCAGCGAGACCGCCCAGUACUCGUUCUUCUGCGGCAACCAGACCGUGUUCAGCCAGGAGUCGCUCACCUGCGCCCACCCCGAGGACGCCUUCCCCUGCGACCAGGCCGAGACCCUCUUCGACUCCGUCAACGCCCUCUUCGGGGUCAUUCCCGACGAAAAAUAAAAUAAAAUACUUCCCCAUUUUACAACUACAACAG